AGGAAACAAUAAUAUAUGAGAAAUCCAACGUUACUGGUUUUGCUUCAGCUUCUGCAAUAUCCAAGGCCUUUUGGUUUCCGCAAGUCUGAGUUUGACUGGGUUUCCAAGUUAAUGCACUCAAUCUGUAGCAUUUUUAUUGUGUUGUGGAGCACCCCAUUGUUGAUAUCAACUGUGACGUUUGGUACCGCGCUUUUGCUUGGAGUUCCACUUGAUGCAGGCACGGUUUUCACCACCACAUCUGUAUUUAAGAUCCUGCAGGAACCUAUUAUAUCCUUUCCUCAGAGUAUGAUAUCUCUUUCACAAGCGCUGGUAUCACUUGGGCGGUUAGAUGGGUACAUGUCUAGCACAGAAUUAUUGGAUGAUUCGGUUGAGAGAGAGGAAGGUUGUGGUGGACGCAUUGCUGUGCAGGUCAGAGACGGAACUUUUAGCUGGGAUGAUCAUGGCCAGCUGCAAGACUUGAAAAACAUUAAUUUGGAGAUUAAUAAAGGGGAGCUCACAGCAAUUGUUGGGACUGUGGGAUCGGGGAAAUCUUCACUUCUUGCUUCAAUUCUUGGUGAGAUGCACAAAAUUUCUGGGAAGAUUCAAGUUUGUGGGAGUACUGCUUAUGUUGCACAAACAUCUUGGAUUCAAAACGGGACCAUUGAGGAAAACAUUCUCUUUGGCUUACCAAUGAACAGGCAGAAGUACAAUGAAGUGGUCAGAGAUUGUAGCUUGGAGAAAGACUUGGAAAUGAUGGAGCAUGGUGAUCAGACAGAGAUUGGAGAGCGUGGCAUCAACCUAAGUGGGGGUCAGAAGCAGCGCAUACAGCUUGCCAGGGCUGUAUAUCAAGAUUCUGAUAUAUAUCUUCUUGAUGAUGUUUUCAGUGCUGUAGAUGCACAUACUGGUACUGAAAUAUUCAAGGAAUGUGUGAGAGGGUCUCUUAAAGGCAAGACCAUUAUUCUUGUAACACACCAAGUAGACUUCCUACAGAAUGUGGUUCUUAUAGUGGUGAUGAGGGAUGGAACGAUAGUACAAUCAGGGAAGUACAAUGAUCUACUUGCUUCUGGAAUGGAUUUUAGUGCUCUUGUUGCAGCACAUGAGACAUGUAUGAAACUAAUGGAGCAAGGUGCGGUCGUGCCUGACAAUCUGAACAAACAAAUGAAAUCACCGAAGGCAGCUUCUAAUAACAGAGAAACAAAUGGUGAAAUCAAUCCUCUUGACCAGCUCAAGUCUGACAAUGAAGGUUCUAAACUCAUCAAAGAAGAGGAAAGAGAAACUGGGAAAGUUAGCUUUCAUAUAUGUAAACUUUACUGCACAGAGGCUUUCGGGUGGUGGGGCAUUGGGGGAGUAAUCUUUCUUUCUGUGUUGUGGCAAGCUUCUACGGUAGCGAGUGAUUAUUGGCUGGCCUAUGAAACAUCAGAAGAGCGUGCUCAGUUCUUCAAUCCUUCUGUGUUUAUUUCUAUCUACGCAAUUAUUGCUGUAGUUUCAGUUAUUUUGAUUGUUCUAAGAUCCUACUCUUUCACGGUCCUUGGGUUAAAGACAGCACAGAUAUUCUUCUCUCAAAUUCUCCACAGCAUCUUGCAUGCCCCCAUGUCUUUCUUUGACACCACUCCAUCCGGGAGAAUUCGGAGCAGGGCAUCAAUGGAUCAGACCAAUGUUGAUGUCGUUAUCCCCUUGUUCCUCAAUUUUGUGGUAACCAUGUACAUUACAGUGAUCAGCAUCUUCAUAAUCACAUGUCAAAAUUCUUGGCCGACAACUUUCUUGUUAAUUCCUCUUGCUUGGUUAAACGUUUGGUACCGGGGUUAUUUUCUUGCUUCCUCUCGUGAGUUAACUCGUCUGGAUUCAAUUACAAAAGCACCUGUCAUUCACCAUUUCUCUGAAAGCAUUUCGGGAGUCAUGACAAUCCGCGCAUUCAGAAAGCAGAAGCAGUUUUGCGGAGAAAACAUUAAACGGGUGAAUUCUAAUUUGCGAAUGGAUUUCCACAACUUCAGUUCCAAUGCGUGGUUGGGUUUCCGCUUAGAAUUGCUUGGAAGCAUAGUUUUUUGCUUCUCCGCCAUGUUCAUGAUCAUGUUACCCAGCAAUAUCAUAAAGCCAGAGAAUGUUGGUUUGUCGCUCUCAUAUGGGUUAUCCUUAAACGCCAUGAUGUUCUGGGCCAUAUACACUAGCUGUUCCAUUGAAAACAAAUUUGUAUCUGUUGAGAGGAUCAAACAGUUCACAAAUAUUCCCUCUGAAGCAGCAUGGAGAAACAAGGAUCGUGUCCCUCCUCCAAAUUGGCCCGGUCAAGGCAAUGUUGAUAUCAAAGAUUUGCAGGUUAGAUAUCGUCCAAACACCCCUUUGGUUCUUAAAGGCAUCACCUUAAGCAUCAAUGGAGGAGAAAAAGUUGGUGUUGUUGGACGAACAGGAAGUGGAAAAUCAACUUUGAUUCAAGUUUUCUUCAGGCUGGUGGAACCAACAGGAGGAAAAAUAAUAAUUGAUGGCAUUGAAAUAUCUAUCUUGGGACUUCAUGAUCUAAGAUCACGGUUUGGUAUAAUCCCUCAAGAGCCUGUCCUUUUUGAAGGAACAGUUCGAACUAACAUUGAUCCAACCGGACAAUAUACAGACGAAGAGAUAUGGAAGAGUUUGGAACGCUGUCAGCUAAAAGAAGCAGUGGCUUCCAAGCCAGAGAAACUUGACUCUUCAGUGGUUGAUAAUGGAGAUAACUGGAGUGUUGGGCAGAGACAGUUGCUUUGUUUGGGAAGGGUUAUGCUUAAGCAAAGUAGGUUGUUGUUUAUGGAUGAGGCAACAGCUUCUGUUGAUUCUCAAACCGAUGCUGUGAUUCAAAAGAUCAUCCGAGAGGACUUUGCAGCACGUACCAUCAUCAGCAUUGCUCAUAGAAUACCAACAGUAAUGGACUGCGAUAGAAUUCUAGUUGUGGACGCAGGGAGGGCCAAAGAAUUUGACUCACCAGCCAACUUGGUCCAAAGGCCAUCACUCUUUGUUGCUUUAGUUCAGGAGUAUGCCAAUCGCUCAAAUGACCUAUAAGAAACUUUUGAGUGUCACUUCUGCAAGACAGUAACAGAAAACAUACAUUAGCUAAGCCUAUUAAGUUUUGAGUGAUCUUCCUAGUGCUAUGUGAAAGAACAAAAGACAUUUACCAUGGCAGCAGAAAACAAGUGUUGUGAGACGCAAUUACCGUCUCGAAUAAUUUCUAUUAAUGCAAGUGAAGUU